CACAGUACACAUUGCCCAUGGUCAUGGCGGUUCCUAGCAUCAUUUCGGCCAAUGCCACUCGUCGCCUUACUCUUCUACCGGAAACAACAACCCGGGCCAUCACAUUCACAGCUUCGUCACGAUCUCGGUUCGCCGCCACGCGAGCUUCGAUUACCACAUCCUCACAGACUCGCGUGAGAUGUUACCGACCCGCGCCCAUUACUGCCGGACAACGACGGGCGAUCUCGACAUCACCUCGAAGACGAUUCGCGACUGUAGACGACCAUCUCGGUCCAAAGUUGCAAGAGCGAGAAGCCGAUGAGGUCGACAUUGUUAUUGUGGGUGGCGGCCCAGCUGGUCUCAGUGCCGCCAUAAAGCUGAAGCAGUUGGCGAAUGAAGCCGGCAAUGAGGACUUUCGGGUAUUGCUGUUGGAGAAGGCGGGAGAGAUCGGUGACCACAUCGUCUCGGGAAAUGUACUGGAACCGUCUGCUCUGGACGAGCUACUUCCAAAUUGGAGAUCAGAGGACAAUGCCGAUCGAUUCGAGAACAUCACAGCUGUGACCAAGGAUAAAAUGCGCUUUCUCACAAAGUCUGGCUCCAUACCACUACCUGCUCCACCGCAAAUGAACAAUCACGGCAACUUCAUCCUCAGUUUGAACGAAUUGACCAAAUGGCUGGGAGAGCGAGCGGAGGAAGUUGGUGUGGAGAUAUACCCUGGUUUUGCUGCUUCAGAAGUGCUGUACACGCAUGAAGGUGCUGUAAAAGGUGUCGCCACCAAUGACCUGGGAAUUGCUCGAGAUGGCAGCGCCAAGGACUCGUUCGAACGCGGUAUGGAGUUUCACGCACGAUGUACACUUCUCGCUGAGGGCUGCCAUGGCAGUCUGACAAAGCAAGUCAUCAAGAAAUACGACCUUCGCCGCGACAGUGCUCCUCAGACAUACGGUCUCGGCAUCAAGGAAGUGUGGGAAAUUGAUCCGGCCAAAUUCCAAAAAGGUCUGGUCGCACACUCCAUGGGCUAUCCUCUCCCUUCGGACACAUAUGGCGGCGGCUGGAUGUACCACUUUGGUGAGAACAUGGUGUCCAUCGGUCUGGUCGUUGGACUCGAUUACCCCAAUCCAUGGCUGGCUCCAUACGGCGAAUUCCAGAAGAUGAAGAUGCAUCCAUUCUACAAGGAAUUCCUCGAGGGCGGCAAAUGCGUCACGUACGCAGCCCGAACUCUCAACGAGGGCGGCUUUCAGUCCAUUCCGAAAUGCGCCUUCCCUGGUGGCGCUCUCAUUGGCGACACAGCAGGAUUCCUAAACGUACCCAAGAUCAAAGGCACACACACUGCUAUGCGAUCAGGUAUGCUCGCUGCCGAAGCAGCUUACUCCGCUCUUGCCGAUAGCACCGACAAGACAGGUGACAUUUUCCUCUUCGACUACGAAGACAAACUCCGCAAGUCUUCAAUCUGGAAAGAGCUGAAAGAAGUGCGUAACAUGCGACCGUCCUUUCACACCGCUCUGGGUCUCUACGGUGGCAUCCUAUACUCCGGACUGGAAGCAUACCUCUUCCGCGGCAAGAUGCCUUGGACUCUGAAACACGGCAAGCAGGAUCACCUCGCCACGAAGACUGCCGACCAAUGCAAAAAGAUCGAGUACCCCAAGCCAGACGGCAAAAUCUCAUUCGAUAUCUUGACGUCCGUCUCUCGCACGGGUACCAACCACGAGGAAGACCAACCCUGCCACUUGCAAGUCAAGGACUGGGACAAGCACACCCAAGAGACGUAUCCCAAGUACCAGGGCGUGGAGAAUCGGUUCUGUCCCGCUGGCGUGUACGAGUACGUCGAGGAUGAGAGCAAGGAUUUGGGUGUGAGGUUCCAGAUCAAUGCGCAGAAUUGUGUGCACUGCAAGACAUGUGACAUUAAGGUCCCACAUCAGGAUAUCAACUGGCAGACGCCGCAGGGUGGAGAGGGGCCAAAGUAUGCUGGGACGUGA